AUGUCUCAAAAGAGCAUUGUGGUUAUUGGCGCCGGUGUCGCCGGCUUAACAACCGCUCUUCUCCUAUCCCGGGUCCCCGGCUACAAGAUCGUCGUGGCUGCAAAGCAUAUGCCAGGAGACUAUGAUAUUGAAUACGCAUCGCCGUGGGCGGGUGCAAACUACAUGCCCGUCUCCUUAGGUGGCACAAAUGCCGCGGAAUGGGAUAAAGCCACUUGGAAGGUGCUUCAUAAGCUGGCACAUGAGAAUCCGGAGGCUGGCAUUCAUUUCCAGGACUGUGAGAUACGGAGCCGGGCAAAGGAUAUCGGCUCUGCAACUGCGGAUUGGUUUUCGGAGCUUCUUUCAUCAGCCCCGUGGUUUAAAGAAGUCGUUCCAAAUGUGAGGAUCCUUCGCUCUGAAUUAGGACACACUGACUCACGAUGGAGGUUACAGUUUCGCGUUCUUCCGAAGGGCAGUCUUAAUCCCGGCGUCGAUUCAUCCGUGGUAUUCACUUCAGUCUGCAUCAAUACUGCAAUUUAUCUCCCCUGGCUCGUUUCCCAGUGCCUUGGAAACGGGGUCACUUUCAAACGGGCUACCUUCAGUCAUAUAUCUGAAACAUCUGCUGGUAUUCACCCAUCGGGCACGGUGGACUUGGUGGUCAACUGCACCGGGUUGAUGGCAUCUAAACUUGGCGGAGUUGAGGACAAAUCGGUCGUCCCUGCUCGCGGGCAGAUUGUGAUCGUGCGCAAUGAAGCCGAUCGAAUGGUUAACAUAUCAGGCACUGAUCAUGGGGACGAGGAGGCGUGCUAUGUGAUGACCAGGGCUGCGGGAGGUGGUACUGUGCUUGGUGGAUCAUACCAGAAGGGGAACUGGGAAUCUCAGCCGGAUCCCAGUCUGGCAGUGCGAAUCAUGAAGCGGGCUGUUGAAGCUUGUCCGGAGUUGACUGGAGGCAGGGGCAUUGAAGCUCUUGAUGUGGUGAGGCAUGGAGUGGGGUUGAGGCCUGUUCGACAAGGAGGGACCAGGGUAGAGAGGGAACGGCUGGGUAACUUGUGGGUAGUACAUAACUAUGGUGCUGGUGGUGCUGGUUACCAGUCGUCCUAUGGAUGUGCGGAGGGUGCGGUGGAUCUGAUCCGAAAUGCUUUAGAGCCUCAGGCGAAGCUAUAG